CCGCAUUAUGCAACGAUUGAAAACUUAUUUUCGUUAGUCUGUAGUCAACACGCGUCGAAGUAUCACGUCUGGUAUAAAUCGAACGGCUUUUAUUGCGAUGUUUUUCGUGUAUUGUGCAAAAUAAUAUUUUACAGUGACAACAUUAAGCGAACGUGAAGUGUGUUUUUCGACUUUUGUUUUGGCGGCAAUCGUUUUUUUUUGACAGAUCCAAAACCUUGAUGAACGCGAGCCAAAUUAUUAUUUACCAUUGAAAUAUUUAACUUGCAGUGUUAUAGAGUACAUCAAAUAAUACGAAUAGACAAAUCGAAUACAAAAAGUGAUAUAAUAGUGUCUAAAAUAACAACAAGGCAUCAAAGAUGAUGACAAUUAGCGAAAGUCAAUAUUCCUCGAACAAAAUGUCGAGUAUUCACAAGAUAAAUGAUCGUGUGGUACAUAAGGAUAGUUUCGACGAUGUCAAGAGUUCUUCCAGUGUUAAUAGCACGUUAGUCACAAAGCGUGGCUUCAAGCCUUCGGAUAUGUAUGAUCCACAGAAGAAAGAAUUCCUCACAAACCUCAGUUAUAAGUUGUUCCCUGUAAGUUGGAACGACGCAGAGGUUCGAGAACUUCCCGAUACAGUACCGCUGGACGUAAAAUCAGAGGACUUGGAGAAUAAGCCUGUAAUUGUGGACGGCAAAGAGGUCGACCUGAACAAGAUCUUCACCCCUGCGCCUGAUGCUGAAGAGCAUCUCAUCAAGAAAGAUCGCAAAUUCGAGAAGACAUUCGCAUCGUCAGCAUUCUAUGUGCCGGGCGUACACCCAACAGUACAACAGCAGAUGGAACUUGCGCGAGCUAUCUCUCGUUCAUUGAGUGACGCCAGCAACCACAGCAGUCGCGGUCAGAGCAUGUACGUCAACCGCAAGAAGCGCUCCGUCAAGUGGGUGCACGAGGGACGAGGUCGCAACACAUCAAACAUGAAUUCGACACCAACACCGGUCGCUAAUCACGACACUCCAUAUCGUCCACCAUCGAGCUUACGCAACCAGAAAACUUACCCGAAAUCAGCGCUCAAACACACAUCGAACUUGCCCAAGAUGGAACCGUUCCCAGUAUCUCCGCCGACAAUAACGUUACAGAAUAUCGAAGUGCCUGUACCUUUGGCACCAACUAAAUUGAACGAUGUCUAUGCUUCACCCAAAAGCCCGCGCUUACCGCUUGUCUGUGGUCCAAAUUUCAACGUCGCGCCACGCGGCUGGGGCGAGAUGCAAGAUUAUUACCGCCCCGUAUCGCUAGAUGGCGUUGGAAAAAUAUCGGCAGGCUACACAGAUUAUUAAUUUUACAUAAAAACUCUUUUUUUAUUAUUCUUACUUAGAGUUAAUCAAAAGUGCCUUAAGACGUUAAGUACACCAAAGGGAAAAGUAUAUCAUUAUUUUUUUUAUCGACGAGUAUACGAUGGACGAGAAAAAACUUAAAAUUCCGGU